UUACGUGCCCGAGUUUGCUUCCCCGGCGCCCGCGUUUCAAUGUUUAAAGGGAGCUGGGACACCCCUCUGGCAAUCUGUCAGUGUCUGGAUCAGCUGCACCCUUUCUGGGGUCUUUUCUCACUCAACGGACAGUCCUUAAGACAAGUAUGCAGUUGAACUGCUAAGGGAUGGAAGAAGCCAGUCUGUGCCUUGGAGUGUCCUCGGCGGCGCCGGAAGCUGAGCCUCACCUGAGCGGCCCCGUCCUCAAUGGCCAAUAUGCCAUGAGUCAGAAGUUGCACCAGAUCACCUCCCAGCUCAGCCAUGCCUUCCCGGAGCUGCACCCGCGGCCCAACCCCGAAGAGAAAACCACAGCACCCUUGGACGAAAAGGCCCACGUACCCAUGAACAGUCAGCCCAUGGGCAGUCAGAUGGCACUCCUGGCCAACCAGCUGGGCCGGGACGUGGACACCAGCCUCAAUGGCCGUGUAGAUCUGCAGCAGUUUCUGAACGGGCAGAACCUGGGCAUCAUGUCCCAGAUGAGCGACAUCGAGGACGAUGCCCGCAAAAAUCGCAAGUACCCAUGCCCCCUGUGUGGCAAACGUUUCCGCUUCAACAGCAUCCUCUCCUUGCAUAUGCGCACACACACGGGCGAGAAGCCCUUCAAGUGCCCCUACUGCGACCACCGGGCGGCGCAGAAGGGAAACCUCAAGAUUCACCUGAGGACCCACAAGCUGGGCAACCUGGGCAAAGGUCGUGGGCGGGUGCGAGAGGAGAACCGCCUGCUGCACGAACUAGAGGAAAGGGCCAUCCUGCGGGACAAGCAGAUGAAGAGCAGCUUGCUGCAACCCCGGCCCGACCUAAAGCCCCCACUGCACGCCCCGCAGGCCCAGCUGGCCGCCUGCAACCUGGCCUUGCCUACCAAUCACAGCGUGCCUGAUGUGGCCAACCCGGUGCCCUCGCCCAAGCCUGUCCCGGUGCAGGAGGACACCGUAGCCCCCGCCGCGGGCUUCCGCUGCACCUUCUGCAAGGGCAAAUUCAAGAAGCGGGAGGAGCUGGACAGGCACAUUCGCAUCCUGCACAAGCCUUACAAAUGCACGCUGUGCGACUUCGCGGCCUCGCAGGAGGAGGAACUCAUCAGCCACGUAGAGAAGGCCCACAUCACUGCCGAGUCGGCCCAGGGCCAGGGCCCCAACGGCGGGGGUGAGCAGUCGGCCAACGAAUUCCGCUGCGAGGUGUGCGGGCAGGUCUUCAGCCAGGCCUGGUUCCUGAAGGGCCACAUGCGAAAACACAAAGACUCCUUCGAGCACUGCUGCCAGAUCUGCGGCCGCCGCUUCAAAGAGCCCUGGUUCCUCAAGAAUCACAUGAAGGUGCACCUCAACAAGCUGUCGGUGAAGAACAAGUCUCCCAGCGACCCCGAGGUGCCCGUGGCCAUGGGGGCCAUGUCCCAGGAGGCCCACACCAACCUCUACUCCAGGUACCUCUCCUGCCUGCAGAGCGGUUUCAUGGCCCCGGACAAGGCCAGCCUAAGCGAGCCCAGCCAGCUCUACAGCAAAGGGGAGCUGCCCAUGAAAGAGAAGGAAGUCCUGGGCAAGCUACUGUCCCCCAUCUCCAGCAUGGCCCACGGCAUCCCCGAGGGCGAGAAGCACUCUCUCCUCGGGUGCCUCAACCUCGUCCCCCCCCUGAAAUCCAGCUGUAUCGAGCGGUUGCAGGCGGCUGCCAAAGCUGCCGAGAUGGACCCCGUCAACAGCUACCAGGCUUGGCAGCUGAUGGCCAGGGGCAUGGCCAUGGAACAUGGCUUCUUGUCUAAAGAGCACCAGCUACAGCGCAACCACGACGACACUUUGGCAAGCGCCGGAGUUCUGUUUGAUAAGGAGAAACGGGAGUACGUGUUAGUGGGAGCAGAUGGCUCCAAGCAGAAAAUGCCUGCUGAUUUGGUUCACAGCACUAAAGUGGGCAAUCAGAGAGACCUGCCAACUAAGCUCGACCCUUUAGAAGGCAGCCGGGAGUUUUUGUCACAUGGGCUGAACCAGGCACUCGACUACAACCUGCAGGGUCCCGGGAGCAUGAAGGAAAAGCCCACCGAGUGCCCCGACUGUGGCCGAGUGUUCCGUACAUACCACCAAGUGGUCGUGCACUCCCGUGUGCAUAAGCGGGACCGCAAGGGCGAGGAGGACGGGCUGCACGGGGGCCUGGAGGAGCGACGUGGCUCGGGCAGCGACCAGGAGUCCCAGUCAGUGAGCCGCUCGACCACUCCGGGCUCCUCCAACGUCACAGAGGAGAGUGGAGUUGGAGGUGGGCUCUCCCAGACGGGAAGCGCCCAGGAGGACAGCCCGCACCCCUCCUCUCCAUCCUCCUCAGACAUUGGCGAGGAGGCUGGGAGAGCUGCCGGCGUCCAGCAGCCCGUGCUGCUUCGCGACAGGAGCCUGGGCUCGGCCAUGAAGGACUGCCCUUACUGUGGGAAAACCUUCCGGACAUCCCAUCACCUAAAGGUUCACCUGAGGAUACAUACAGUGUGUGUCCAUACCCUAACCAGCGGGAGGAAAGGAAGUGACUUGUACCCACAAGGUGAGAAGCCCUACAAAUGUCCCCACUGUGACUACGCUGGCACCCAGUCAGCCUCCCUCAAGUACCACCUAGAACGGCACCACCGGGAGCGGCAGAAUGGAGCAGGACCAUUGUCUGGGCAGCCCCCGGUCCCAGACCACCGGGACGAGAUGGCCAGCAAAGCUGCUUUGUUUAUCAGACCCGACAUCCUCCGGGGGGCCUUUAAGGGUCUCCCUGGGAUUGAAUUCAGAGGGGGCCCUGCCUCCCAGCAGUGGACAUCAGGGGUGCUCUCAUCGGGUGAUCAUGCAGGCCAAGCCACUGGCCUGUCUUCGGAGACCUCCACCGAUACUCUCAAGGGCGCUGACCUUCCUUCCAAAAGCAGCCACUUCUCUGAAAUCGGAAGGGCUUAUCAAAGCAUUGUAAGCAAUGGCGUGAAUUUUCAAGGGUCCUUGCAAGCUUUUAUGGACAGCUUUGUUCUAAGCUCCUUGAAGAAGGAGAAGGACAUGAAGGACAAAGCCCUGUCUGAUCCUCCUUCCACAAAAGUGCAUGGGGCAGAGAGUGGGGAGGAGAAGGCGGGUGCUAAGUCAGCCCCCAGGAAGUCAGAGAAAUCUCAGUAUGAGCCGCUGGACCUGUCGGUGCGGCCAGAUGCCGCCACUCUGCCAGGCUCAUCAGUGACUGUGCAGGACAGCAUCGCAUGGCACGGCUGCUUGUUUUGUGCUUUCACCACAUCAUCUAUGGAGCUGAUGGCCCUUCACCUGCAGGCCAAUCACCUGGGCAAAGCAAAACGCAAAGAAAAUGCCAUUGGGGUUGCUGUCAAUUGCAAAGAUCAGGCCCGAGAGGCAAGCAAACUAGCUCUCCUGUCAUCUGCACAAUCAAACAAGGAGUUGGGGCUCUCUAACAUGAUGGGUCCUCUAGAAGCAGCACCUGAGAAGAUAGCCCAAAGGCAGGUCAAAGAGACUCUGGGUGAUCAGAGGAGUGGCCCAUGGCCUGGCCACAUGGACCCUGCCUUUUGUAACUUCCCGUCUGACUUCUACAAGCAGUUUGGGGUUUACCCAGGCAUGGCUGGCUCAGGAGCCUCCAGCUCCUGCCCCAACAAGGAACCUGAUGGGAAGGCCCUCUCGGAAGAUGAUACCCCAAUCCUGAUCCCUGAAACCACAAACAAGAACACUACUGACGACCUCUCUGACAUCGCCUCCUCCGAGGACAUGGACUCUUCCUCCAAGGGAGAAAACAACGACGAAGAGGACAUUGAGACAGAGCCGGAGAUGGUGAGCAAGCCGCAAUCCACCCUCAGCAAGGACAGCAACAAUGAUGGUGGAGACAGCCUGCUGCCCACUGACACAUCUCAGCCCAUCCAGGGACUGGUCUCACCUUUAACCCAGGCAUCGGAGAAGCAGUGGCAUGGGCCGGGCCUUCUUGUGGCCCAGGACCCCUCGGUGGGGCUACCCAAGCCAGAGCGGGGUCCCCAGGGCCUGGAGAAGCCAAUGAACAUGUUGUCGGUCCUCAGGGCCUAUAGCGCCGAUGGCUUAGCAGCCUUUAACGGACUUGCAAGUAGUGCGGCCAAUUCUGGAUGUAUCAAGAGGCCAGACUUGUGUGGUCACAGGCCUUUCCAGUGCCGCUACUGCCCCUACAGUGCCUCUCAGAAGGGGAACCUGAAGACCCACGUCCUGUGUGUCCAUCGCAUGCCUUUUGACAACAGCCAGUAUCCAGACCGGAGGUUCAAGCGCUCCAGAGUUGACUCGGAGGCUUCUGGGAAUUCUGAAGAGCCAACAGCUGUCAAGGCAGGGAGCUCUGCAGAGCUCACAGAGGAGGGCAGCAGGGCCCAGGAGGAGCGCAACUGAACAGCCACCCUGUACAUUGCAAUAGUGUCUGACACAGUUUUAAUAUUAUGCAUCUGGUAUUAAAAAAAAAAAGAGUUUGUUAACUGCAUUCCAUGGUGGGGAAUCAUGUACAACCCCUCACUAGUGUAUAGAACAUUUUAAAAAGAUUUAAAAAAAAUAUCUAUAUAUAUUAAAGAAAAAAAAUCCCCAGCCCUUGAAAAUGGCUGCUAAACUGUUACCCGGCAACAAGUACUUACAAACAAUGCAGGUGGGAGAAGAGAAGAGGGAUUUCAGAAUUGCUGGUGGCCUCCCAGCUCCAGGAAGCUGUAGGCCCAACUCUAAAGUCUUUGUCCAAAAAAAAAAAAAAAAAAAGAAAGAAAGAAAGAAAAGAAAAAAAAAAUCAUGCUCUUAACUGUAAAACGAUCCCAUCUGAAUGAUUUAGUGUUGCCUUGAAGAUGGAGGGGCCGUGUUUUCAUUGUUGAAAACACCUCUAUAAUCUGACACCAGCUGCUGUCAUUUGCCUCGCACCCUAAUGAGACGUGCUGGGAGGCGGCCUCGGUGCCAGUCAGGCUGGAGCGGUCACUGCAGAAAAAAAUCAAUUCCCGCGGUGUCGUCACUGCACUCUCGAGAAACCUGAGCCGGCCCGCAGCCAGCGCCAGGGCAGUCCAGCACUGCCCAGGUGGCCAUCUUCACUGGGCAUUUUUACAAAAUACACAGCCAAAUGAAUCAAUGGUCAGGAAGUGUCUCCAGACAAAUGUCUGUUGCAGGUUUGAUGAGUAUUCCUUUUUUUUUUUU